CGCACGGUUUUGGACUCAUGCCGGACUUGGGCAUGAAAAAACCCAGGAAUAUCUACGCUCUGCAAAUCUGCAGUCGUACUUUUGAAAAUCCAGAACAACUUGCUGAAUGUUUUGCCAAUUCAGGAUCAGAGCCACUAACAGAAGCAGAAGUGAAAUAUUUACAAUCGUUUUUGUCCCAGAAGCAGCUGAGGAAUACUCUACAGCUUCUUGAUGAUCUCACCACGGGCCUCAACUUCCAAGCGUUGGUCACCAGUGCGCGGCCCCGGACGCAGGAAGAAUGCGACAGUCUUCAGGCCUUAUCCGAGUUGUGGACGGAGCUGGAAGGUUUUGUGAUGCAAACCAGAGAACAAGACGAACCGGAAGCGCACGAACUAUACGAUUUAUUGGCUGACAUGCAUAUACGAGAGCUUUUGGUUGCGUACGACGACGUCGCCAACCGUCGUUACGUGACAGAAGUUUUCGACCUGACUCCCAUCUAUACAGAACCGGAAAAUCCUCGUUCCACCAAAGUGGCAUCAUCGUCCAAACGGAAUCCACCAGUUCCGCAGCCUGAGGAAAUGCCAGAUGAUAGUCUGGUCGAGGUAACCGCGAUUUCGGAGGAUGCAGCUCCAUUGAGCACUGGUCCAUCGCUCAAUUCCCGAAAUAAAAAAUCGAACAGUGACGAUCUUGCCGAACAGCCUUCUCAUUCAAAAAAAAGAGGAAGCGUGUCGAAGCUGGUGGAUCACUUUGAGAAGUCUCGUGAUCCGGACAUGAUUAAAAACCAAACUCCCACAAAUCCGCCGCCAUCUAAGUCUCGAACUCCACCUGUGGGUGACGAGUCUUGGGGUAGCGUUACCUCACUAACUGCGGCACACAGACCAAAGACGAAUAAACCUUUGACUGUGAAUGAGGCGGUUCCACGUCAACAACGUGGCCCAGAACUCAAGGUCACUCCUCCUUCAGCGUCUUCCGCAUCACCCUCCAAACCCUCACUGUCUCCGCUGAGUCCAAGUCCCCAGGCCACCAGACGAACAAGAGUUCCUGGAGGUUCGCCAGCAAGCAGAAGGAUUCCCGUAAGCAGUGAAUCACCUACCGGCGACGAACCAAGACUAAAUAAACCUUCCAAAACAACUCUUCCACGUUCCCCGGACUCUUUUCAUUCAGCUAGCUUGCCAGACCGCUCCAAGAGACACUCAGCAUCCAAUAAAGGAUCGGCUCCGGAGUCCAAAGGGACGCUCAGUUUGAACCGUCGCCUCUCAAACAGAUCUUCCAGGCGAAAUCACAUGGCCUCGACUAUAGAUAACACACCUCCACAACCCGGUCAAACUCGAAAAGUACAGUUACGACGCGAUCGUCCCGGUGAAUCGAUUGGAAUCACGGUUGCAGUACGCACACCCUCGCCCCCUCCCUCUCCCACCACCCAACUCCGCACGGCAAAGUCUACCGAAGGUAAACCAUUACUGGCAAUACAGCGAGUGCUGGCAGGUUCUCUGGCUGACAGAAAUGGGUCAAUCUUCCCCGGUGACAUUCUUCUCGAGUUCAACGGUUACCCUGUACACUCGUUGGACGAGAUUUAUACUCUAAUGCAACAAACUUCCAGUGCUCUGGAAUGUGAACUGUUGGUUCAAACCCCGGAAUCGAAUGGAAGCCUGCUUCGACCCGGUCUUCAACACAAACAGAACCCAACGGGAACCAAA